AUGAAAAGAAAAAAAGUUGCUUUUGUACACUUCCAAAGGAAUUCAUUUCCUUUAUAUUGUAAGCUGGGAACAUUAAUCUUUUGUUUUGGUCAUGCAUGCAGGCUUUACAUUUGAUGGCUUGUUGGGCAGAAAAACCAGAUUCAAGAGCAUUCAAAUUGCACCUGGCUAGGAUUCCAGAUUUCUUUUGGGUUGCUGAAGAUGGAAUGAAAGUGCAGAGUUUUGGAAGUCAAUUAUGGGAUGCUGUUCAUGCUACACAAGCAAUUAUAGCGAGUAAUCUUGUUGAUGAGUUUGGGAUUACCCUUAAAAAAGCACACAAUUUUAUCAAACAGUCACAGAUUCAAGAAAACCCAUCUGGCGACUUUCAAAGUAUGUAUCGUCACAUUUCGAAAGGGGCUUGGUCAUUCUCUGAUCAAGAUAAUGGUUGGCAAGUCUCUGACUGUACAGCCGAAGCAAUGAAGGCUCUAUUCUUGCUCUCAAAAAUGCCACUGGAAACUGUGGGGGAAAAAAUAGAAGCUGAACGAUUAUUUGACGCUGUGAAUGUACUUCUUUACUUGCAACACAAAAAUGGAGGUUUUGCACCCUGGGAGCCAAUAAGAUCACCGCCAUGGUUGGAGCUGUUAAAUCCCACGGAAGUUUUUGCCAUUGCUAUCGUUGAUCAUGAGAGUGUUGAAUGCACUGCUUCUGCAGUCCAAGCUUUAGUAUCAUUCAAACAGUUGUAUCCAGAACACAGAGGGAAAGAAAUACAAAUCUCAAUUGCUAAAGCACUAUGUUAUCUUGAAGACAAGCAGAAUUCUGAUGGUUCUUGGUAUGGAAAUUGGGGGAUUUGCUUCACCUAUGGCACAUUGUUUGCAUUAAAAGGUUUAGUAGCCUGUGGCCGGACGUAUUACAAUUGCCUAGCAAUCCUCAAAGCUUGUAAAUUCCUGCUUUCAAAACAAGAGGACACAGGUGGAUGGGGGGAAAGCUAUAUUGCAUGCCCAAAUAUGGAGUAUACCCAUUUGGAAGGAAACAGGUCGAAUGUAGUACAAACUUCAUGGGCAUUAAUGGCUCUCAUUCAUGCUGGACAGGCCGACAUAGAUCCGGCACCUUUACAUAAAGCAGCAAAGUUUUUGAUAAACUCGCAAAUGGACAAUGGCGAUUUUCCUCAGCAGGAGAUGACAGGGACCUCUCUGAGAGUGUGUAUGCUACAUUAUGCAGCAUAUAGGAGCAUCUUUCCACUUUGGGCACUUGGAUUAUACCGCGAACAUGUUUGUUUUCCUUCAAAGAACCUUUAGAUGCAAGUUUUAAAUGGAAAUAUUUCGC